CUACAUAACUACGCUAUUUGACUUGGUGAUAAUAGCUGCUGUUGAUUUUAAGACGAUAAAAUGCCAAAGCGCAUUGUGUGUAGGUUAGUGACGCCAGGCGUACACGGUGCAGUGUGCCAACAUGGCGCUCAAGCUUUGAUUUGCUAGAAAGUUGUACAGUUUGAAAUGGAGCUGAAUGCUACGAGUGAAAAAGUCGCACAGUGUACGCCUGGCUUAAGCCAGAUUCUUAGGCCUGUAUAUGGCAGAAAAGCAGAUACCAAUUAAAUAUUUGUCCAGAAAACAUUGUAAAUGACUUUCAAUCUUUCAGAAAUGAAGAGGAAAGGUAGUAUCUCUAGCUUUUUCUCACCAAAGAGUAAGGUGAGACAAACAGAGACUAACCAGCUCUGUUGUGGAGGAGAUGAGCUGGAAAGAGAGAGAGAAGAGCAACACAAAUGUGACAAAGAGCAAGAUCAGGGACAGGAGGAAAUGAUAGAAGGGCACAGCGGUGCAGUGAUGGAGAAGGGAGAGGAUCACCACCAGGAUGAGGAGGGAGAAAGACGAGACGGUAUGCAGGGCUCAGAUAGUGGAAACACAGAGUCUGAAACAUCACCAAACAUCUCCAGUCGAGCUGGUCCACACGACAUAUCCAAGUCCUGGUGUGAGGGACCGGCACAACCAAAGCUCCAGAGUUUUCCUAAGACAUUUCAAGGAGGAGCCAGGAGAAGCUUUCACAGUGACUGGUACAAAUCCCAUCCAUGGCUGGAGUACUCACAGUUGAACAAUUCAGCGUACUGUUUUGCCUGUAGGCAUUUUUCCCUCCCUGAUGCUCCAAGGACUGUUUUCACCUCCCUUGAGGGUUAUCAAAAUUGGAAAAAGGCAAAAAUGAAAGACAGCGGUUUCUGUUCUCAUGCAAGAUCAGAAAGCCAUGAAAAUGCAAUGUUUGCAUGGACAGAGAACAAAAAAACUAUGGACAAAAAUGCUUCAUUAUUUGCAAUAAUGGAUGAGGAAAAUAAGAAACAGUUGACUGAAAAUCAGUAUUACAUUAAAACACUGGCUGAGAUCCUUGUUCUAACUGCAACAGAAAAUGUAGCCCAGUGGAGUCACAGGGAGACUUCAGAUUCUGAGAAAAAAGGGAUUUUUCUAUCUAUGUUAGAUCUGCUAAGUAACCAUAAUCCUGUCAUUAAAAAAAGACUUGAACAACAAGCGAAAAAUGCUAAGUACACUAGUAAAACAAUCCAAAAUGAAAUACUUGAAUGCCUAGCUGGAAUGGUUAAAAAGGAAAUCAUUCAAGAGGUUAAAAAGAGCAAGCAGUUUUCAGUGAUUGUGGAUGAAACUAGAGAUGUUCAAAAAAAAGAACAAAUUUCUUUUGUUCUGAGAUACUAUUACAGUGGUGUGGUUCAUGAGAGUUUUCUUGAGUUUGAAGUGGCAGAACAGAUGGAUGCUGCUGCCUUAAGUGACAAGAUCAUAAACUUUCUUGAGAAGCAUGGCCUAGAGUACAAGGACAACCUCGUAGGUCAAGGCUAUGAUGGUGCAGCAGUUAUGCGUGGGGCACAUGCAGGUGUCCAAGCUAAAAUAAAAGAAGUGGCUAAACAUGCCUUUUAUGUUCACUGCAGCACACAUUGCUUAAACUUGGUCAUUGUAGAUGCUGUAAAAAGUGUGGCAGAUGCAGGAAACUUCUUCUCCUUGUUGGAACGAAUGUACACAUUCAUAUCUGGCUCUUAUGUACAUAACAGAUGGCUGGAAGUGCAGCGGGAGAUGUUUGAUGGUGCACCAUGA